AUGAUUUACUAUUGUAUUCCAUGUAUAACUAAAUUUGUUUGUAAAAGAAAGAAUUCUAUUGAGAAGCACAAAAAACUUUAUCAGCAAACUGGGAAAAUUCUGCAAUACAAAUUAUAUAAUCAAGAGCAUUGGCGAUGUAAAAUGAAAAUGUGUUAUAAUUAUUAUAAAUUACACAAAUGCAAUAAUAUUAUUUGUUCAUAUUGUAAGACAAAUAAUCUUAGAAGCAAAUGUGUUUUACCAAAAACUCAACAAGAAUUUGAAAUCUUAAAGGAAAAGAGUAUUAUUUAUUCUAGUGGUCAAUAUGAAGCAACUUCAAAUAGUCAGCUAUACGAACAGGCUUAUUUUCAAUUUAGUCUACAUCAAAUCAUUAAAUUGGCCAAAGAUAUGUUAGAUUAUCGAUUAAUCAACUUUUCAAAGUAUUUAAAUAGAGAUUUACAGCAAAAUCAGAAUUACUUAAUCAAGAUAUGGAAUCAUUGCAAGGAGAAAAAACACAAAUCAAAAUGUUGUUGUGAUUAUUUUAAACAUGAGAAAAUUUGUAAAAUUUGUAAUCAAUCAUAUAUUGAGAAGUAUACAAUAGUGUGUUAG